AUGAUGCGAAUGCGUAUCGGCGAGUUUUAUCAUGGUGUUCGAGAUCUCGAGUUACUGCAGGAGUUUAUCCUACAAAGAUUGACUGCUGAGGUCCUUCACUUAAAGUCGGAAAAUCUUGAAGCUCUUGUUGUUGAAUGGCAGCCAUAUGAUUCUCGACCAUGGAUCAUAGAUUUCUGCGAUCAGACGGAUUCUUGUCUGUCUUCAAUAAACAGGCGAGUCAUCCUCUAA